AUGUAUCAAGCUGCUAACCCAAAAAAAAGUGGUGAAAAAUCCGAUGAUUUGGAUGAAAGCUCAGAGGCUGAAAAGAAAAUAUCAUCAGCUACUACACGCAAAAAUGAACAACCUUUAAAUAAAUCUAGCAGAAAAAGAUUACCUUCCUGGACAAACCGAUAUUUCGAUACUUUUAGGCUUGAAAAAAAAAGAAAAUGUAAUGUACUAAUUAAUACAAAGGAAGGAAAAUCCAAAUGUGGGCAUUCUUUUGAACUUCAAACCAUUAAAGAAGUUUGUAUUGCGGUUAAUCAGUCAAUGUCAAAGCAUUGGGAUGAGCCAAAAGAAGCCGGAUUAAUUGCAUCAUACCUGGAUCCUCGAUUUAAAAAUUUACGUUUUUUAAACGUUGAAGAAAGAACAGAGACAAUCAGCUUACUUCGUACACAAAUUAUUGAAUCAUCCGAUUCUCAUACUUGUACCACUACUGGUUCUUUAACUAAAAACACACAAGAACAUAUGAUGAGUAAGUUUUUUGAUGAUAGUGAUACUGUAGCACAAUCAUCGCUUGAUACCGAAUUACAGUUGUACGAUAGUUUGCCUUUGGUUCCCAAGUAUGAUUUGGACCACCCUGAAUAUAAAAAAGACAACCCACUGUUAUUUUAG